GCAGCAACUCUAAAGUUCGUCCAUCGCGUCAAGUAUUUCGGGCGCCAGCGACAGAGUUAGUCAGCCAAAACCAAUGAUAGUAGCUCAAUCGAUUGUCAACCACCCGAUUCGAAAGUCGGGCAGCAAAUCGCGGUUAAUAUGGAUCAACUGGUUUGGCUUUCGUUUUGCAUUUCAAUCGGCUUUUUGCUCCUGGGCAAUUUCUCCAAUGGCCUGCCGUUCGAAGAUGGCAAUAAUAAUAACGUUAAAAUUACACGCCGGAGCUUGGAGCUGACACAAACCAUUAAUAUUCAACGUCAGGAGUUCAUGCAGCGCCAAUGCGAGCUGCUCGGCGACCACACACAAACUUUAGAGGAUCUCAGCGAGUUGCAGAUGGACCACAUGAUCGUGGACAAAGAGCACAAGCUGCUAUACUGCUAUGUGCCCAAGGUUGCCUGCACAAACUGGAAACGUGUGCUAAUGAUGCUCACACACAAGUGGCACAACGGAACCGAUCCCCUCCAGAUUCCGGGAUCUUUGGCUCACUCCGUGGGCAUGUUCACUAAGCUCUACGAUCUAUCUGAAGCGGAACAGCAACAGGUUCUCAGCGAUGAGUACACGCGAUUUAUCCUGGUGCGACACCCGUUGGAGCGGCUUCUCUCCGCUUAUCGGAAUAAGUUGGAGGGGGAUUCCCCCAGUGCGCGCUACUUCCAAUCGCGGGUGGGACGCCAAAUCGUGAAGGAACUGCGGCCGGGAGCCAGCAACAAUUCACUGGAACGCGGCGACGACGUCAGCUUUGGGGAGUUCAUCGAAUAUCUGGUCACUCCGGAGCUAAGUCGAGCCAAUCAGUCGGACUACAACGAGCACUGGGAGGUUAUAGCCAAGCUCUGCAAUCCCUGUGUAAUGAAAUACAACGUAGUGGGCAAAUACGACACUCUCUUGGAUGACUCCGCGCUGGCCCUCUACCUGGCUGGAGCCGACAAUCUAACAUUCCCCACAGGCCACAAACCAUCGAGCACUCGAGCCAAUCUGCGCACCUAUUUCGAUCCCCUUCCCAUCGGUGCCAUACGCAAGUUGUACGAUAUAUAUGAGGACGACUUUCGACUCUUUGACUACGCACUGGAUGAAGUGCUGGGCUUUGAGUUUGGCUAAAUGUGAAUAGCUGCUCUAUCAAUAUCCCCAAGUCACCACCAUAACGCUUUCCAAUGGAAAAGAUUGUGAUUUUAGGCUAGGACUUGUAGAAUUAGGUGCACUCCAAUGCGAAUAUUAUUUUUGUUCUGUAUACCUCCCCGCGCACAAAUGUUUCCAAGGGUCUUGACUGUAAAACUUAAUGAUAAUAGAUGUUUCUUCCUCAAGGUUUAUAUAUAUACAUAUAUUAGGAUAUUCAAAGUGUCGAUUGAUUAGUGUUUAAAUAAUACAUUACGCAUCAAAUAUAAUUGCAAAUGCAUUGAAA